AUGAGACCCCCAGGACCACCUCGUAGAACUCCAUUAAGAAGACGCAUGCAGCCACCGCCGCCACCACCACCGGGCCGGCCGAUGGGACAACCUACAAAUAGAGCGAUGCCACCUCCUCCAGGCAGGCGGAGGAGGCCACCACCGAGGACAUGGAGAAGACCUCCUCCUCCUCCUCGUUUUGUGGCGCCAAAUUGGCCAGCGCCGGCUCCCGUGAGGAACUGUACCUGGAGUCCACUUUGUGGUUCUGACGGAAACAACUAUGAUAGCACAUGCCAGAUGCCACGGAUGGUAACUAAGGCUUGUGCGGGAUAUUGUCCAUGUUUCACACCCCCUAACCCUCCACCACCCCCAUGUGGGUGUGGCCCUACCUAUGCACCGGUGUGUAGUAUGAGCGGACAUACCUAUGAUAACUACUGCAAACUCAGAUGUGCGAACCAGAUCGAAAAGUGCGCUGGGCCGUGCCCCUGUCGAACACCACCUCCAACAACUCCUGCUCCAACAACACCUCCAACCACCACACCUGAACCAUGUACAUGUGAAAAUCAGCCUUACAGUCCUGUAUGUGGCAAGGACAGCAAAGUCUACAACAAUGACUGCGAACGGAAUUGCGCGAAAGUAGAAUUGAACUGUGCCGGACUGUGUCCUUGUGAGCGAGAACUUGCUGAAUUCGAGACGAAUCAAAAAAAUGUCAUGGCUCCUCGCACCACGGUACCGCCUCCCACAGUGGAUCCGUUCUUCUCCCUCUUCCAGCCCUUUCUUCCAUUCCAGCCGGUACAGCCUGUGCAGCCCGUGGGAGAGUCCAACUCAUGUUCACAUUGUUGGUUGGACAAUGACUCAGUGUGUGGUGGUGAUGGACGAACGUACUAUAACUACUGCUUUGCCCGCUGCAAUCUGACUGAUGUUGAAGCUAGCAAUCAAGUGAAAAUGGACGUGGUUUCUGUUACUUUCAGGACGGUGCUGUAUUCCAGUACUAAGGCAAAAAGGCUAACAUACGAUGAACAAUAG